ACAGAACAAAAGUCGGUGUGUUGACAGGCCUUCUAAAGUCAUGCGUCAACCCCGCCCUGCUGAUGAAAAGCUGCAUCAACUUCCCGUGUUGAGGCCAGGCGUGGGCACGCCAGGAAAGCUCCGUCUUUGCUGAUGACUAUCAGCGUUUUGUUUCUUCUUCAUCUGACAUCAUUGUUAGUAUGCGGUUUACGGAAAUCUAGUUAGGGUAGGCUGGAUGCCUCCCUGCUGGAGCGGAACGGGCAGGGACUAUGUCUUUCGGCUGGGCUCUUGAUUCACCGGGAUGAAGUGGUUGGGGGGAGAGGGAAGUCUGGGCCUCCCUGCUGAAGCUGCUUCCCCCCGACUCCGGAUCUUUUGGAAAAAUCAUCCCUCUCUGGUUCGACCGGCUGCAUACAAACGGCUUCAACCGCAGACGUGAGCGUUUGCCAUCAGGACAGGAAGUGACCUGUGGUGGCGAGGAGAUGACGCAAAGACUUUGACUUUGCCUCACCCGUCAUUGUCGCAUCCGACCUCUUCAUCUCCCGAUGCCUCGUACUUGUCGGUUGGGAGACAGCGACGCUCAGCAGGUAAGAUCAUAUCAUAGACCUUGAAGCCAAGAAAGAUAGAAUCCCCGCCUGUGUUGAGUAGGAUGACCAACCAGGCCGCAGUCAACCAGUCCAACGCCAACAAGGCCAAGGCAGGAGAUGAAAAUCAGCAGAAUGACGGCGCGGAGGUGGGCUACAAAGAUGCCGGCCACUGCAGCCGCAACACUCACAGCCUCCUACUGGGCCUCACCGUCAUGGGUGUGGUGAUGGGAGCCGUUCUGGGCAUGUUGCUGCGCUACAUGAAGGUGACGGACAGCUCGGCCCUCACCAUGGUCUCCUUCCCCGGCGAGAUCCUCAUGAGGAUGCUCAAGAUGCUCAUCCUGCCCCUCAUCAUCUCCAGCCUCAUCACAGGUCUGGCUGGACUGGAUGCUCGCUCCAGUGGCAGGAUGGGCAGCAGAGCCAUGGUGUACUACAUGAGUACCACCAUCAUCGCUGCCAUCCUAGGAGUCAUUCUGGUGAUCAGCAUCCACCCUGGCAACCCCAAGCUCAGGGGGGGCUCCGCCGCCUCCGCCCCUCCGAAGAACCAGGAAGUCAGCAGUCUGGAUGCCUUCCUGGACCUCAUCCGCAACCUCUUCCCAGAGAACUUGGUGCAGGCGUGCUUCCAGCAGGUCCAGACGGUGUUGAAACAGGCGGUGGUGACGGCCACAAAUCAAACGGAACCAAUUGUCGUCAGCAGAAAAAAACUGGAGUACAAAUGGGGCAUGAACGUCCUCGGCUUGAUCGGCUUCUUCAUCACCUUCGGCGUCUGCAUGGGCCGGAUGGGCGAGCGUGGCAAAGUCAUGUCCGACUUCUUCAACGUCCUCAAUGAGAUCAUCAUGACCAUGGUGUCCAUGAUCAUGUGGUAUUCCCCGGUGGGCAUCGCCUCGCUGAUUGCGGGUAAGAUUGCAGCCAUCGGCGACCUGGAGGUGGUGGCGCGGCAGUUAGGCAUGUACAUGGUGACCGUCGUGGUGGGCCUGGCCAUACACGGUGGCCUUAUCCUGCCCGCCAUCUUCUUCGCCAUCACCCGCAAGAGUCCCUUCACCUUCUACUCGGGCAUAUUCCAGGCCUGGAUCACCGCACUGGGCACGGCCAGCAGCGCCGGGACCUUGCCGGUAACGUUUCGCUGCCUGGAGGAGAACCUGAAGAUCGAUAAGCGUGUGACCCGAUUCGUGCUGCCCAUCGGCGCCACCAUCAACAUGGAUGGCACGGCGCUCUACGAGGCCGUGGCGGCCAUCUUUAUCGCGCAGAUGAACGACAUCACGCUGGACGGCGGCCAGAUCAUCACAGUCAGCAUGACGGCCACCCUGGCCAGCGUGGGAGCGGCCAGCAUUCCGAGUGCCGGAUUGGUCACCAUGCUGCUGAUCCUGACGGCCGUGGGCCUCCCCACGCAGGACAUCAGUCUGCUCAUCGCCGUCGACUGGCUGCUCGACCGGAUGCGCACCUCCAUCAACGUUGUGGGCGACUCGUUUGGGGCCGGCAUCGUGGACUACUUGUCCAAAGCUGAGCUUCAGGAAAUAGACGCGGCCGAAAUGCAAAUUCUCGCGGUGGAGGAGGAACUGGAUUUCAUCCCGCCGCCGCCCAUUCUGACCGAGAUGAACCCGCUCAAGCCCCCCGAGCUGCCCCCCCGCUCGCCCCGCCCUCCCAAGCAGAACCACCACAGCCACGUCCUGUCCCAGUCCCACUCGCUCACCUACUCGCCGUCCCGUUCUAUCCGCUCCCCGUCGCCGCGCUCUAUCCGUUCGCCCUCCCCGCGUUCUGUGUGCUCCCACUCCCACUCCCCUCGGCCUUUCCGUGCCCACUCGCCUCGCCUUCUCUGCAGGACGGAGCCGGGCUACUGUGCCCUGCCCAGCCACGACACCCAGCUACCCACCUUGCCCCAGUGCUACCGCGACCGACUGUACAGAGAGAGCGAGACGGAGGAGGAGGAAGAGCGAGAACGGGAACGCGUCCUGGGCGAGCCCAGCGACGGCGAAGAGAGCGACGACACCGCCUACGACCGGCGACACGCCAUCCUACCGUGUGACCUACCGUGACAACAACAGCCAACGUCCGCGUGUUUCAAUUUGUGUUACAGUCAAAAGCAAUUGUCA